CCAUUUCCAUCAUGAAGCACAUGUCCAUCUCAAAAUGGCUAAGUCAGCUGGGUCUACCUCAAUACUGCAGGCUUUUUGAUGAAGAAUAUGACGGAGUGGAGGACUUGCUGCACCUCACAGAGAUGGAUCUGUUGGGUUUGGGGGUCCAAAGUCGUCUUCAUCGAAUCCAUAUUCUCUCUAGUAUCCAAGUCCUGCGAGAACGUGAAACAAAACGAGAGCUGAGGAUGAUGGCGGAAGGGAGGUUUUCCAGUUUGCCCAGGAAUAUGCACGUUGGACGUCAGUGUCCGCUUGCAUCCUCCAUGGAUCUGCUGAGCUCGCGGCCGGAGCUCUCUGAGAUGCCAGUGAGUGGAUACCAGGGCAUCUCCAUCCACGGCACACUGCCUCGCAAGAAGAAGACCACCACUGGUUCCCCUGUAAAGCAAUGGGAGGUGAACGGAAAUGUAGGAUCAUCAGCAGCGCCAUACCCAGGCCGACAUCGCCUGCCACCGUCACCACUGAUACACAACAUCAUCGAAGAACACCAGGCUUUCUGCUCAGAUCGAAAACAGUCCAGGAACAGCGCAGGAAUGGACCCUACAAUGGAGUAUGUCAAGUUCUCAAGAGACAAGUACAUCUUGGAUGGACCACCAGAGAAACUACGGAGGGAGUUGGAGGAAGAACUGAAACUAAGCAGUGAGGAACCGAGGAGCCAUGCCUGGUAUCACGGAGCCAUUCCUAGACAGGUGGCUGAAAACCUGGUCCAGCGAGAUGGAGAUUUUCUGAUCCGGGACUCUCUGUCCAGCCCUGGCAACUACGUCCUGACCUGUCAGUGGAAGAACAGUCCUCAACACUUCAAGAUCAACAAGCGGGUUGUAGCCAUGAAUGAGGCCUACUCGCGGGUUCAGUACCUGUUUGAGAAGGAGGGAUUCGACAGCAUCCCCGCACUGGUGCGAUAUUACGUGGGCAACCGUGAGCCAGUCUCUGAGGUCAUCGGAGCGAUUAUCUUCCAGCCGAUCAACAGAGCUCUGCCUCUGAGGUGCCUGGAGGAGAAAUAUGGAGUGGGAUCUAUACGUGUAGAGGCAGGAUACCUGGAGAGAAAGAGCCUGACGUCCAAACGGCUGAGUCUGAAUAUCAUGAAUGGACAUGGCCAGGAUCACACCCUCAGCCGUGGAAACCUCCUCAGCAACAAGGAUAAGUGUGGAAGUCAACCAGCAUGUCUAAACCACGUUCAGGAGAGGAGACGGCCGCUGAAGACCCAUCAGUCGGAGAGCUUCCUCCCUAUCGGCUCUAGGCCCCAGGCUCAGGUUCAGCAUAUGGAGCACCAGCCGUGCCCCAAAUCUCCGGUUUUCCGAACGGGAAGUGAGCCAGCUCUGAGUCCUACAGUGCCACGCAGAAUGGCCUUCGACACCCUGCCUGGCGAGGCCAUCCGUGGCUCUGACAGCCAGCUGUGUCCCAAACCACCCCCUAAACCCAGCAAGGUCCCCACAGUACGAGUACCCUGCAUCCCAGGCCUGAAGACCCUCAUUGUCCCACCUGUCCCUCCAGUUAAACCCCACAAGCAGAGACCUUCACCUCAGCAGCAGCAGUCAGGCAGUCCAGAAAUGAGCUACUGUGAACUGAGUCCAUGCAGCCCUGCCGACUGGGAAAAGAUGAACACCUUACAGGCUAAUGGAUAUGUGGAGAGGCUAAAGACAGACGGCAGCAUUAAACUAGACCGCAGCUCCUACCACAACGCCAUUGAGGCCUUAGACAACGACAGCGAGGAAGACACAGAAGAGGAUACAGAUAAAGAGCAGAAUGGCAAGAAAGGUUUCCAAAAACCUGUGUUUGAAACUGAAUCAGCAUUCCGACCUGGAGACGUCAACUUCCGGCUGCUGCCUACAGAGAACAAGCCUCUGGAGAUGACGGUGCUCAAGAAAGCCAAAGAACUGCUGGUCAGUCAGGAUCCAAAGACCAUCGCCAAACACAUCCUGCAAGCAGACUGUCAGGUUGCCAGGAUACUAAAUGUUUCCGAGGAGGUGAAAGGUCAAAUGGGUGUGAGCUCCGGGCUGGAGCUGGUGACCCUUCCUCAUGGACGACAGCUGAGGCUGGACCUCAUAGAGAGGCAUAACACUAUGGCGAUCGGAGUGGCUGUGGACAUCCUGGGGUGUACAGGAAGUCUGGAGGAGCGAGCAGCCACACUAAACCGGAUCAUUCUGGUGGCUCUGGAGCUCAAAGACUCCAUGGGGGAUCUUUAUGCCUUUUCCUCCAUAAUGAAAGCACUGGACAUGCCUCAGAUUACCAGGCUGGAUCACACAUGGACUAGCUUGCGGAGGAAAUAUACGCAGACUGCCAUCAUUUAUGAGAAAUCUUUGAAACCGUUCUACAAAGGACUCUAUGAAGGAGGUGCUGAAAUCCCGCUGAGCAAUGCCAGUGUUCCUCUGCUGAUGCCGCUGCUCACCUUGAUGGAGAGGCCUGCAGUCACCUUCGAGGGUGUGGACGUCUGGGAGAACACCGAUCAAGGCUGUGAAAUCAUGUUUCGGCACCUGGAAGGAGCUCGAGCGGUUGCACGCAAUGCGGACACCUACACCUGCAAUGCACAGCGGAUCCUCCAGGACUUCCAACCCAAUGAAGACAUGCUGGAGAUCUUGAGGACAGAUUUCCAGUUGCGUUUGCUCUGGGGGAGCAGAGGAGCUGCAGUGGAGCAGACUGAGAGAUACGACAAAUUCAAGCUCAUCCUCACGGCCCUGUCUAGAAAACUAGAGCCUGCAGUCAAACACACAGAACUCUGAACAACCAGACACUUUAUAUACGCAUUAGACUGUCUGAGCAAGCAGAAACCGUUCAAAGGGCUCAGUGGAGACUGACACCUCAAAAAGACGUUCUCUGACAGAUUACGAGCUUCAAAAGCUCACGUGCAGAUUGCAAGUCGGAAGCCAUUCAUGAAUCAUGAGUACAAAUGGCACUUGUUUAUGGACACUUUCUUCUAAAUGCACAUUCCAGAUGUGUGUGCUCCACUACGCUUAUGUCUGAUGGAAUGGGCAGGUACCAAUUUUGCCUUCAAGAAACGAAGGAAGAGGAUGUAGAAUAUAUCUGAUGACCGGUACAUCAUCAAGCCCAGGAAAUGCAGAUAAAAUUACAGGCUGAGAGGUGUAUGCAUCACUUGAUAUGAUGUGAUGGCCCACACCUUCAAGACGAAUGUUCUUUGCGCUAUGAAGGAACGGGAGGAAGUUUGUAAACUUUUAGAAAUGUCAUUGGUCGAACAGUGUUGAUCUGUUUAAAAAUGGAAAGCGAUGUACAUAUUUAUCACUAGUGUACGCAUGUGAAGGCUAGUUUGUAUAAUAUAAUGUAUUAAGUAUUAUUGAUUUGUAAAUAUUCACUCAUAAAUAUUCGGAAAUUAAAUAUUGAAUAAAUAUCUAAUAAAAGUCUUUUUUUUUAA